AGAAAACCAAUUAUGUCAUAACGUAUUAAUGUGUGGUACAAAUUCUCGUCCAUUUAAUUACCCCAGUAUAAUAUUUGCUGAAGUAAAAACAAACAAAAGGAAACGAAAGAUUUCAAAGUAAUAUUACCGCGACUAAUUAGUAUCACGACCUUUCUGAGUAGAGAAUCUUUCCUCUACAUUCGGACCCUAUAUAUACGCACCCAGCCACCUACGCAUAUUUCUCAGGUCACUGAAAACCGAAUCAUCGCACUUCUCUUAUUGAAACAAACCCUCUUCAAUAAUGGCGCUUCGGAAAAUUAUGCCAAAGCGACUUUAUGUCAGUUGCAGAGUAACAUCUCCGACUAUAGAGCAUUCCCUUCUCAAUCCCUCUCCGCCCUCGCUGAAAUCUACGGUUCCACCUAAUGCCUCAAAAUCGAACUUUCACCGGGAAUACUUGACAUUGCCGGAAUCCGGAGCGAAUGGUUUAUUCCGGCGUUUCUUCCAUCGGCGAUCGGCGACCACGCUUCCGGAAUUCCUCACCCUGCCACUGCGGGAUAAACUAAGAGAGAGCCUCAAAGGCGUCAACAUUACGGGAGAUCGGUUGCGGAUCGACGAACUUUCACCUCCCUUGUCGGCAGUGGGAGAUUCUCCGUUCGGUGUCUCAGUCCAGGAUGCGAGAAACCUGUUAACGCUGGCGCAAGUGGAGAAGCUUAAAGCGAAGCUUAGAGAGAUGCCGGAGAGCAGGAUCUCGUACUCGGAUUUCGUUCAGAUCUGUGUCAACGAUUGCGGCAACGAAGAUCAAGGCGUUGAUUUUGCUAAGAUGUUAGAUCAGUCCGGAAACGUCAUCGUUUUAGGGAACUCCGUGUUUCUUCGUCCUGAGCAGGUCGCGGAAUCAAUGGAACGCCUGAUUUCCCAAUCGUUUGUUUCCCAAAAUGACCCUAGGACAAAACAAUUGGAACAAAUGGAAAACCAAAAGGCCUUGAUAGACCAAAAGGCCAGGGCCCUUGUCAGAGGUGAGCUGUAUUGUGGGCUGGGCUUUUUGACGGCCCAAAUAAUGGCCUUUAUGAGGCUCACUUUCUGGGAAUUAAGUUGGGAUGUCAUGGAGCCCAUUUGCUUCUUCGCCACUUCCCUUCACUUUGGCAUUGGAUACCUUUUCUUCCUCACAACCUCAACGGAGCCCACAUUUGAAGGCUUCUUCCGGCGUCGUUUUGAGGCCAAGCAGAAGAAGCUAUUUAAGGCGCACAAUUUUGACAUUGAAAAGUAUAAUGAGCUUCUGAAACUGUUCAACCCUAAAAGUUGCCGUGGCUUGGGAAGCUCACAACAGUUUAAGUCUUUCAAUCGUGAAGGAGUCCUUCCAUUGUUGAAAACAAGCUAGUUUUUUAGCAUAGUGAAGGAAAAAAAAAUGAAAGUUGGUAAAUCCCAGGCGUGUAUUGGACUCCAACCUACAUUAAACAGCGGGUAUAGUAAUUACAAGGUAUUUUGACUAUGGAAAUGGUUCCAAAAAAUUUGUUAAGACA